CUGCGCAUAGUAAACUAUCAUGGCGGAUGGGCGCUACAACUAGCAGACUUGCUCUAUUUGUCCGAAAUAUGGCGUGGAGAUCACACGGAGAUAGCAACACUGAUCUUAUAGACCAGCUUAAAAUUCAUGAAGUCUUAAAGAGCAAGCGUGUGGAAGAUGCUCUUCGACGUGUUGACAGAAAGCACUACUGCCGAACUCGCGCAUUUGAAGAUUCUCCGCAACCGAUAGGAUUUCAAGCAACAAUCAGUGCACCACAUAUGCAUGUGUAUGCCUUACAGCAGCUUGAGAAUCAUCUCAAGGAAGGUGCCUGUGCUUUGGAUGUUGGGUCUGGGAGUGGAUAUCUCACUGCUGCUAUGGCUUACAUGGUCGGUGAAACUGGAAAGGUUUAUGGCAUUGAUCAUAUUGAUCAGCUUGUCAAAGACUCUUUGGCUAACAUCAAAAGAGGAAAUCCUGAACUCCUUGAAAAAGACAGAGUAAAAAUUGUCACUGGUGAUGGCCGGAAAGGAUAUGAACCUGGACAACCAUAUGACGCCAUCCAUGUAGGAGCAGCUGCUGCAGAAUUACCAUCAGCACUUCUAGAGCAGCUGAAACCGGGUGGCCGUCUCAUUUGUCCUGUUGGUGCGGAGGGCAGGAACCAGGUCCUUGAACAACAUGAUAAGCUAGAGGAUGGCCAGAUUGUGAAGAAGAACCUGAUGGGAGUCAUCUACGUACCACUUUGUGAUAAAAAACAUCAGUGGCCAGGUUAGUUCUGAAGGAAAGGAGAAAAGUUACAAGUGGAUACAAAUUUUAUCUCGAGGCGAGGAACACGACAGGGUCAAGUGUAUUAUUCUUCACCACGACUAUCUCAUUAGGAAAUUUCGAAAACCACAAAAUAGUACGUGUAUUGUGAAAGGCAAAGUUAUGACCAAGCAGUCCCCUGAUGGGGAAAAAACUGUUUUUAACUUAAAUAACAAAGUUGUUUUUUGUAUUAACCCAUUGACUCCCGUGCCGCCCGUAACCAGCCGUGACGAGCCUUGGCCUUUGUUCCACUUCUGACGUCAUCACCUUUGACCAAAAUUGGCAUCAUCUAUGCUCAACUUCUGUAGGAGGGAAAGAUCUUUCCAGUAAUACCCAGAUCAGAGUGAUCGGCUCAAUGGAGCCUGAAAUAUGCACGAAAAUGUUCAAAAAGUUGAGUGAAGAACUCAGAGCAAAAUUUCCUGCGACUGCACGUGGCUACUCCGUGCUAAAAAAUUGCCCGUCUCGAUGAUGCUUUCUCAGAAAUUUUUGAACUGGAAGCAAGCCCAGUAGAAGGUCAAUCACUG